AUGCCACUGGAUGAAGAGUGGCGAUGCAGGAAGUUCGAGAACGGCCUCCGUGGAGACCUCCGUCUGAUGGUGGCCCCACUAUCCAUCAAAGACUUUGCCGCUUUGGUGGAAAAGGCAAGGGUCAUGGAGAAGAUGAAGGGGUCUAGGGAGUCUUCUUCCCAGCAGAACAGGAUUCAGUGCUACCAGUGUGGAGGACCGCACAAGAAGAGUGUCUGCCCCCAGCUUGCAGGCUUCAAGAAAUGCAACAACUGUGGUAAGGAAGGCCACUUUGGGAGGGACUGCCCCACCCUUGCUAGAGUAGUGACGCGACCUCCAGUACAGACUCCUGCGCAGAAGCAGCAGAGGCACAGAGGCAACAACCCUCAGGCGAUUGAUAGAGUAUACGCCAUGACCGAAGCAGAGGCAGCAGGUUCAGGUAACCUCGUUAUGGGUGAUUGUUUGAUAGUUGGAAAAGAUUGUUGUGUGUUAUAUGACUCUGGAGCGACACACUCAUUUGUGUCAGAUGCAUGUGUGAAAAAGUUGAGUCUGCCGGUGUGUGAGCUGCAGUGUGAACUUGUGGUGUCUACUCCGGCAUCAGGUUUAGUCAGGACAUCGUCUGUGUGUACUAGGUGUCCAGUGGAGGUGGAGGGACACAAGUAUAAAGUAAAUCUGAUCUGCUUACCUCUAGAGGAGUUAGAGGUGAUCUUGGGAAUGGAUUGGCUCUCUGUCAAUCGCAUUGUUAUAGAUUGUCGAGAGAAGAAGUUGUUUUUCCCCAACACGGAGGAGCCUGAAUUGUUGACAUCUCAGGGAGUUGAGAAAGAACUACAAGGGGGUGCACAGUGUUACAUAAUCUUCACGCAUCUAGAAGUAGGGAAAGAGGAGGAGACGUUCGUUAUUCCGGUGGUGCAGGACUUCGGGGACGUAUUUCCAGAGGAAGUACCAUGGUUACCUCCCCACAGAGAGGUGGAGUUCUCUAUCGAUUUAGUGCCGGGGAUAGGUCUGGUGUCGAUGGCUCCAUACCGCAUGGCUCCAACAGAGUUGGUCGAACUUAAGAAACAUAUUGAGGAGCUUUUGUGA